GAUAAUUAAAUAAUUAUAUCUGGAAAUUCAAAAAUAAAAAAAGAGGGAGCGGGCAGCCGGGCACCGCCGCACCGGCCAUUUCACUUUCCACAAGCCCCAACUCUGGCGGCAGCUUGUUGAUCCCUGAGAAUUAGCUACCCGGAGCCGAUCGGCCAAUGGCGGUGGAUACGAACUUCGCGUCCCUAUUCGAAAAGCUGAUGGUGGAAGAUGCGUGGCUUCCUCCUUCUUCCUGGGACUCCUUCCCUUCUCAAAAUGCUGCUUCGUCGCUUGCACUCCGGCCACCUUGAUUCACCCAGCUCGUCUCCCCCCGUCUCUUCAAUAUCGGAGGCAAGUUUAGUGAGGUUAGCAUUGAAUGCUAUGCAAGGAGUUGCAUCAUCUCUUCUAAGCAUUGAGAAGCUCUCUGCUGCCUUUUACCCAGUCUCAGCUGAUAGAACCUACCACAGAAUUCCCAGUCUAUGGAGUCGUGCUUCAAGCACUCAAGCUACGAGAAAGAUUCUCAACUCAAUCGGCUGCUUUGGAUGUUUAGUUCUUCUUCUCAGGAAAUUUGUAGAUCAUUUCACUUGUUUGAGCUCUGAAACAUACUCACCAGGAAGGAAAGACGGCAUUCCGAAUGUGGUUGCUGAUGGUCGUGACAGUUAUGGUAAUACUGGAAAUGUAGACUAUCCUCCUUACACUUUAGUGAAUCAUGCAUUUGCAGUUGCUGUCGGGAAAGUUUUAGAGGGGUACAUUUUUAGUUUAAAUACAGUAUGUGCUUCAGUGGGUUUAAGGCAUUCAUCAAAUGCUGGGGCUCCCUUGGUUCAGUCAUCUGUAGGGACAGCGCCUCUCACCAGUGUGGUGCACCCUGAAGUUACCCUGCUGGAAAUUUAUCUGCACACUGCAGAACUGAGAACAAGGAUUGAAGCUCUUGGGAACAUAUGCAAACUACACAGCAUAGCUCUAAGCUUCUCUGUCUCAUCAUUUGAAGAGUUAGGCGCAAAAGCAAAUUCAGAGUUUAUCAGUUUCCACAGAGGAGGCAAUCUUCUUAGUCACUUGUAUGGACAACUACAGGUUGCUGAUCCUGGUCAUUGCACUCUUCUCAAGUUCCUCUUUCUUCGGACAUUUGAACCAUAUUAUGGAUUCAUAAGGUCCUGGAUAUUUAAGGCUGAGAUCACUGACCCAUAUAAAGAAUUUUUGGUGGAAUAUGUCGGUAGUUUAGAGCCUCGCCCAUAUGGUAACGUUGGAAUGCCUAUUGAAUUACCAUUGGCAAGUAUCAAGGAGCGGAAUGGAGUUUCUGUGCCUUGUUUCCUUAAAGACAUUUCGAGUCCAAUAAUCAGAGCUGGUCAGCAGCUUCAAGUACUGAAGAAAUUGUUUGAGUUUUGUGCUUAUGUUGGUUCAGAUAAUCAUAUAUAUGAUGACUUUUUCCCCAGCUGGAAUGGACAUUCAAGUUAUCACAUGUUUUGCACAACUCCGCUGACUUUCAGCAAGGGGUAUUUAGAAGAAAUGGUAAUUGCAAGGAACAACUACUAUGUAAAGAUGCAGGAUAGAAUUGAAAAGCUGCUGAGAGGGUUGGAACUUAGAUACCAGCAGUUGCAACCUCAAGUUUUUGGACCUGAAUUUCUCGAGAGUGGUAGUGGCAGUGGGAGUGGGAGUGUACAAAAUGUUGACAUGGAAGACAGGGCUUUCGAUAACGUUGAUUCUGAAUUGUCCCAUAUGAAGGUGGAUAACCAAGAAUUUGAUUCCCUGGACACAUCUGAGUUUUCAGAAUGUUCAUCUGCCAGUGAUUCUGAAGAGGAGAGUAAUUCUGAGCUGAUCAGGAAUGAUUGUGUUAUUCAGGAUCAAAGAUAUCUAUCUGCUUUGAGGUUAUCUAAGUGUAGUACUACUGACAAUCCAUUACCUAUGCCGACUAGAGUUGAACAACCCCUUCUUGUGGAAAACAAGUCGCAUGACAUUUUUGAGAAGACACAAGCAAUUGAUCACAUGAGUUUGUUUCAAAACGGAACACCUGCGGGAAACUUGUCUGCGUCUUCUUAUAUAUGGGCAGGCAGAGGCACAUGCAUCAGUGAUACCCUACACACAGCUUGUGCAACUGAGAAUCAGUGGUUAAAUGGACUUGCGAACAUCUCUGGUUAUAGUGAGCAAAAUAACUCUUCUUUGUACUGCAAAACGAGUAGGGAAACUUUAAGAGGAGGCCCCCCACUAUUUACAAAGAGGAUGUGCACUGCCAAUGCUUUGAUAAAGGAAGUCCUGAGCAAGGUUUUGGAUACAAAUGACAACCCUGCUUCAGGACUCUCCAGUAUUCUGCACUGGGAGUCCCGUUACGAAUCUGAUUUUCUUAGUGGAAGGCCAAUCUUGGGGAAACUUAAGCACUUUCAUCUGGGGAGCCAACUGAUAGAUGCUAGAUCAUUAGCUUAUUUUAACUUUUCAACUGUGGCGGACCCUUGUAAUGUGUCCCUAGAGAAGGUAGAUAGCAAUGCAAGACUUGAAUCAUGACGUGAGAAACAAAACCACUUUGAUGAAGAUGGAGUGAUACUUCGUAAUUAUGCUGAAUUGCCUUCUGCUAGCUCGCCUGCAAACUUAAAAGAGCACAAUCAAGAUACCAGAGUACCUGCAUUUGUUUGUGGCGGUAAUAGUUGGGAGAAGCUGCUUGGUAGUUCUCAUUAUACUGGCAAUAGAAGUUCUGGAGGCCACAGAGAGAGUGCACCGGGUGUGUUUCAGAUUCCACUUGAUUUUAUGGUUGACAAAUGCCUCGUGGAGGAAAUCUUGCUCCAGUAUCCUGUUAUCCUUUGCAUUCUUUUGAUGUAUGCAUUUAGAAGCUUGAAUCUUCGUAUGAUUAUUUGCCCAUUAAUAUGCAUUUAAACCAACUCCCGAGGAUCUUUAAACUAAAACGAAACUGCAUGA